AUGGGGAAGAGUAAGUCCGGCGACCUCGAGUCCCAGAUCCACGACCAGAUCCAGAGCCGAUACACCGCCGCUCACGAAUGCGUGUCUGAGGAGGCUCUGGCCCACCUGAAGACCUACAAGUACCAGAGCGUCGACAAGAGCUUCGUCUCGCGCUACAUCCUCAAACAUUACUGGAAUGCCUUCGUCGAGCUCCUGCCGCUAUGGCUGGCCCCGAACAUGGUCACCCUGCUGGGUUUCUUCUUCAUUCUCGGCAAUGUAGCGCUGCUCGAGCUUUUCGUCCCUGAUCUUGUCGGACCGGCGCCUACGUGGAUAUACUACAGCUUUGCCUUUGGCCUUUGGAUGUACUCCACCAUGGACAACGUGGACGGCAAGCAGGCUCGCCGCACGGGAACUUCAAGCGGACUGGGGGAAUUGUUUGACCAUGGCAUCGAUUCUCUCAAUUGCACCCUUGGCAGCCUGCUCGAGACCGCAGCGAUGGGCUACGGAGCCACGAAAACCGGCGCUUUCACUGCCCUGAUCCCCUGUCUUCCCAUGUUCUUCUCGACGUGGGAAACAUACCAUACUCAUACUUUGUACCUUGGCUAUUUCAAUGGCCCGACGGAGGGUCUUAUCAUUGCCUGUUCCAUGAUGAUCAUGUCUGCGCAUUAUGGACCUGAGAUUUGGUCCACUUCGCUGAUCCGCCAUUUUCCCUCGCUGGAAGGGUACAUUUCCCCGAUGACGACAUUCCGUGAUUUCUGGGUUCCCAUCCUCCUGGGCUCUUUCUUCAUCGCGCAUUUGCCUGCCUGUGUCGUCAACGUUGCCCGCGCACGCCGUGCUGAGGGAAAGCCGGUUCUUCCCGUCUUCCAGGAGUGGACGCCUAUGAUUGUUUUCACUGUCGCGACUUGCGCAUGGCUGGGAAGCCCAUACUCGAGCAUCUUGGAAGACUGGGAUGACAGGAACAAGACGGGCGGCCAUCUUGUCUUAUGGUGCCUGACCAUGAGUCUUGUCUUCGGCCGCAUGACGACGAAAAUCAUUCUUGCGCAUCUUACCCGCCAGCCUUUCCCGUACUGGACCGUCAUGCUCGUUCCGCUCAUUGGCGGUGCUAUCCUCGUCAAUCUCCCGCGCUUGGGCUUGGCAUGGGCGCCUGUCACUGCGCAAGUAGAGCUCUGGUAUCUGAGAAGCUACUUCGUCUUUGCCGCCAUAGUCUAUACCAACUGGGCCGUCCUGGUCGUGUCCAGCAUUUGCAACUUCCUCGGUAUCAACUGCCUGACUAUUCCCUCCAAAAAGGAGAAUGUCGGCAGCAAGAUUGCCCCCACCACUGCGGAACCAGACAGGCGUGUCACCCGCUCGAUGGCCAAUGGUGGCGCUGGGAGGAAGAGCGAUUAA